AAAUCGCUCCAGCAUUCGGUGAUUCAGUGUUUGUACUUAAUCUCAGCUCAGAGCGGCUUUGACUCGGCCCUCUCCUGCCUUCGAUCAGGGAAGAGAAGACGGUAUCGGGCACUCGUUGACUCCCAACUUAAGGAAUGGAGACCUCUUUCUCCGUUCUUCGGGCAGAGGAGCCGGCUAUUUGUCAGGAGGAACCAAGGUACUGCCAAGGCAGGGCGAAGAAGUAGUCGGAACCCAGUGCGGUGUCUCAAGUCCCAGGGCUGAAUUAUCGGCCACUAGCCAUCCACCAUCCUGGAUAGCGCUUUAGUUCCAAGUACAUCUUGGGUUCCUGCAAGUAUCCCCCACCCUUCCUUCCCCAGUGAGCCUCACGCGAGUUCGCAAACCGUAGUCCAGAAGCCAAGACAGCGGUCCAAUGGGCUUCGGGAAGGCGUCCGUCACACCAGACUUGAUCGGCUUGCCUAUUGGCUAGCGUCUUCCUGGUCCGAGUAGCAUGAGCCAAUAAUCACGCAUUAUUUCACACGACGAUCUCGGGAGGGGGCGGGACUUCUAACUUCAGGCACCGGUUGGUGGUGGUGAGAUAGAAAGGGCGUGACUAACGGCUUCGAACCUCCUCCUCCCGCGGUUCCUUCCUCGGGCUCCGCCCCUUUGGCUUCACUGUAUUAGAGAUCUAUCAGUCGCCGAGCCGGCUGUAACUAAGGAAGGCAAGGAAGCCGGCUGCUAAGCUGAUUGACUGACUGACUGACUUACUGAUUGACUGACUGACUGACUUGGGCCAGGAUCCAUUCUACAUCCCCGGCAUGGAGUUCGUGGAGCUGCUCGGGCACCCGGAGGAGCUCUAUAACCUUCUAUGGUACAAGAUGGGAGGUGCCAGGAAGGUGAUACCCAAGUUAGACCAGGACACUCUCAGCGAUGGCUUGAAAACUUGUUUCAAGUACUUGAACCAGACCAGCCGCAGCUUUGCAGCAGUCAUCCAGGCACUUGAUAGUGGUCUGCGCAAUGCUGUAUGCAUAUUUUAUCUGGUUCUUCGAGCUCUGGACACUGUGGAAGAUGACAUGACAAUCAGUAUGGAAAAAAAGGUCACAAUGUUGAAAAAUUUUCAUUCCUACUUGUACCAGCCAGAUUGGAGUUACAUGGAAAGCAAUGAAAAGGAUCGGCAAGUCUUAGAAGACUUCUCAACGGUCUCCUUGGAGUUUCGAAACCUGGAGGAGAGCUAUCAAGUGGUGAUUCAUGAAAUAUGUCAAAAAAUGGGUAAUGGAAUGGCAGAGUUUUUGGAAAAGAACGUGAACUCCAUACAGGAAUGGGAUAUGUAUUGUCACUAUGUUGCUGGACUAGUGGGAAUUGGCCUUUGUCGUCUGUUCUUGGCUUCAGACUUAGAAGAUCCCAUUAUUGGAAAAGACUUGGAACUUGCCAAUUCUAUGGGUUUGUUCCUACAGAAGACAAACAUCAUUAGAGAUUAUCUUGAAGAUACAAUGGAAGGGAGAGAAUUUUGGCCUCAAGAGGUUUGGAGUAGGUAUGCCAAGAAGUUGUCUGAUUUCACCAAACCAGAGAAUAUUGACUUGGCUGUCCAUUGUCUCAAUGAACUGAUUACUAAUGCUUUACAGCACAUCCCAGAUAUCCUCACCUUCCUUUCCCGACUAAGAAAUCAAAGUGUGUUCAACUUUUGUGCUAUUCCACAGGUGAUGGCUAUUGCUACUCUGGCUGCCUGUUAUAAUAACCAGCAAGUGUUCAAGGGAAAAGUAAAGAUUCGGAAAGGGCAAGCAGUAACACUUAUGAUGGAAGCCACCAACAUGCCAGCUGUCAAAGCUAUCAUGUACCAGUAUAUGGAGGAGAUUUAUCAAAGAAUUCCAAACUCAGACCCAUCUUCCAGCAAGACAAAGCAGAUCAUCUCCUCUGUCCGGAAACAGAAUUUUCCCAGUUGUCAGCUAGUCUCUCGGAACCAUUAUUCUCCCAUUUACCUCUCCUGUGCCAUGCUUUUGGUUGCAUUAAGCUGGCAAUAUCUUAGCACCAUGUCCCAGGCCACAGAAGACUAUGUUCAGUCUGGAGAACACUGAUUCAGAAGUCAAUCCAAGUUCAAUAUUCAAUGGAAUAUUUUAAGUUUCUUUUCUUUUAUCCUUUUAAAACUCUACCAUGGCAUAAAGCCUCAGAAACUGAAAUGCUAUUGAGAAGAAUGUAAAAAUAAAAAGAGGAUGACCUGAUCUCUUAUUCUACUUAGCUGGCAGGAUUUCUACAACAAAUGAUUACACACAAGACUGCCAGAAAUUUGUUUUCAUAGGAAUCCUUCAUUAUAGGAUUAUAAUGAAAUAUAUUUAACUGGAAGUGACCCUAGUGCUUGGAAUUUGGGACAUUUAGUCUAGUAAAAGAUUCCUCUGUUGUGUCUGUGUGUGUGCUUGUGUGCAAACAUGCGUUUGUGUUUUUCUGUUUUCUGGAUGUAUUUUGUUCUCAUCAGUCUCUGCUGAACAUAGAAUGAAUGUCAAUGUUUAUUAAGAAUAAGAACUUUUCAUUGCAUGAGUUUCAGAGGUUAAUCUGUGAAUCUUCCUGAUUUUCUUUUUUUCUGAUGGAGUUUCGUUUCAAAAGAAAAAUAACUGGCUAAUUCCUAUAUAGUACCCUGAUCCCAUUUUAGGAGGUGAAGGAAAACCUGCUUGCCUCUAAUAAAGGCUAAAAUUUGUAAAUGUUUCUAUAAUAAAUAUUUUUAAUAUUCUGUGA